AGGAAGUUUUGUCAUUCUGUAAUUUUGUUCUCAACGCUAAACACUGCUGUACAUCUCUCGUUUUACACCUUUAUACGAUCUGUUACACGACUUUUCUGUACGAAAGUGUACCCGAAACCGUAAGAAUAUCGAAAAUGGUAUCUGUGCAGACUAUCGGUACUAUAGUGAUUAAAGCACUAAAGUUGGUACUAAAUUUAAUAAUUAUUAUUCUCUAUCGAACUGGAUACGGUGGAGAAUUUCUGGGCGUUGGUGGGACAUGGAAUUUAAACGAAGAGAAAAAUCCAGAUGCUGAAAUAGUUGCAUCUGGAGUAUUCGUAGGAUUUUUCAUUUACACAAGUGUGGUAUUGGUUAGUUUUUGUUUUGGAAACAUGGACCAGAAGAAGUCACUUGUGGAAAUCAUCAUGAACUUCAUAGGGAUGUUCAUGUUCAUAGCGGUUGGAGGAACGGCACUUCAUUAUUGGCAUGGAUACAUGGGUGAACAUAAGUAUUUACACGUUGCAGGUGAAAGACAGGUUGGCUUGGCCCUUGGAUCUUUGUGUGUCUUAGAAGGUGCAACAUAUCUUCUUGAUUUGAUACUAACUUUUCUACACUUCGCCAAAGAAGAAUUUAAUUAAAUUCAUAAAAGACUACGUAGAAAAUUUACUUAAUUUUA